AUGGCUGCUGCCACCGCUUAUCGCACUCCCUUCUCGGUCGACAAGACCGGCCCGGAAGGCAUAGACAGCAUCACCUUGAAAGCCAACAACGGCAGCCCGCUUCCCGACAUCGGUUUUCUCCGACCAUCAACCACAGACCUCCCCAUCGAAGAGCUCCGGAAGCGCUACGAAGAAGACGGCUACUUGUGGAUGAAAGGCCUCCUCGACCGCGCCGCCGUCCUCCACAUGCGCGAGCAAUACUUCGCCUUCAUGUCAUCCGCCGACUCCGGCGGCGACACGGGCAUCCUGGCCCCUAACACGCACCCGCGCGACGGCAUCUUCUCUCCCGGCGCCGACUGGCGGGCAUUCCUCCUCCCCGGCGCUCUCCGCGUCUUCAACGGCCUCCCCGACUCCGGCGUCUUCGUCGACAAGGUCGUACAAGCGCACGUCGCGGACUUCUACCACGACUUCAAGCAGCGCGUCGUCGGCAGCACGCUGGCGGGCUUCGCGGGGCGGCUGCGGCGGUUCAAGGAGCCGUUGCUGCUGAAGCGCAGCCUGCUGCGCUGCAACGUGCCCGGCGGCGAGACGACACCGGUGCACUACGACCAGAUCUUCCUGCGCGCGGGACCCGCGACGGCGGUGACGGGGUGGGUGCCGCUGGGGGACUGCGCGGUCGAGGGCGGGGGGCUGAUGUAUCUGGAGAAAUCCGUGGAGGUGGGGAGGCGGUUCGAAGCGGAUUUUGCGGAGAGGAACAAGGGGUUGUCGGACGAGGAGCGCGUGUCGGCGUUCAACAGGAACAUGAAUGCGGGUGGGUUUCUGGACAGGGAUGCGGCGGCGUUCGGGAAGCAUUGGGGGAGGAGGUGGCUGGUGGCGCCGCGGUACGAGGCGGGAGAUGUCGUGUUUCAUGACCCGUUUAUGGUUCAUGCGAGUUGCAAGAAUGAGAGCCCGGAGGGCAUCAUUCGACUCUCGACGGAUUUGAGAUUUGUUGAUGGAGCGGAGCCGUUUGAUGAGAGGUGGAUGUUUGAAGCAUAUCAGCAAGAUGAUCCGAACGUUGCCAGCCGGCAGAAGAAGGUUCCACCAGCAGACGUUGCAAAGGAAGCUUUGGAAACGGACGCAGAACCACCACUGGGUGUCAACCAUUGA